AUCAACCUCUUUUCUUCUUCUUCUUCUUCCUCUUUCUUCUUCAUCAAAACAUUUUUAUAUUAAUCUCAACAUCUCCUAAAAUCUUUAAUUUAUCCGAAGAAGGAAGAGGCUAGAGAAUCACUUAAUUUCCUAUUAAUCGGGGGUUUCAAUUUGCAUUCGAUCCUUUAUUUUUUCAAAAAAAAACUUCUAAUUUUAAUCUUACAAAACCUAAAAAAUCCUGCAAGUUUUGGCGGCAAAAUGUCGAUCGGAGAGAGAUCGCCGACGAGUAAAGUGAAGUUCAUGUGCAGUUUUGGCGGCAAAAUCCUCCCAAGACCUUCCGAUGGCGUUCUUAAAUACGUUGGUGGCGAGACUCGCGUCAUCGCCGUAUCUCCUGACAUCUCCUUCUCCGAACUCAUGAAGAAACUAACGGAAAUCACAGAGAACAACAACAUCCUCAAAUACCAAAUCAUCCCAGAAGAUCUCGACGCGUUAGUCUCCGUAAAGUCCGACGAAGAUCUGAAACACAUGAUGGAAGAAUACAACCGUCACGAGACUCCGAAACUCAGAACGUUCUUGUUCCCAGCAAACCCAAUGGUUCUCGAGAAUCAAUUAGGUCCAAUCGAGCCACAAACGAUUGAGCAACGAUACAUCGAAGCAAUCAAUGGCAUUCUCCGUACACCCACAAUAAAAAGUCCUAUUCUUCCUCAUCUUCGCGCUCCGAUCAAUACACGACCUUCUUUCACCGUCUCUGCUUGCUCAUCUCCCAAAUCAGAAUCAUCACCAGAUGGAUGCAGUCACGAGCAACAGCCUGAGAUUGGUAGCUACCAAUUGAGCCGGCUUUAUCCAAUGCAUAAAGUACAGAGCAGUCCAAACAUUUCACAACAGUUGCAGCAGCCACAAAACUAUCACUACCAUAAUGGUUACUUUCAGCAACCUAACUACUUGACUUGUAGGCUUCGACCACCACCACCAACACCAUUAGAUCUCCCUAGAGGGACAGGAUGGGAUCCACCGGGUCAGGCGCAUAACUCUGGUGGUGGUAAUGGAAAGUGCGGGUGCAAUGAGGAACGUAGGUACUGGGGAAGAGCAAGUAGUGUUCCUCAAAGUCCUAGGAAUCACGGACUUCGUCUCUGAUAUUGAUGCGUAACAUUUUGGAGCCAUUUGUGUGUAUAUAUUCGGUCUUGUGUUUUGUACAGUUUCAACUCUGUAGGUAUCGAAACAUGGCUCAUGAUUUGCUGAAGGAGAAUGAAUGAAUGUCUAUUACUUUAUGAAAGCAGCAAGAGGUUUGGUUUAUUGUACAUGUUUUGUAAAUCUGAGGAGAAGUUUUGCUCCAGAACAUGACUUCACUUAUGUGU